UACAGAAAGUAUCAAGAGAACGGCUUCAUUUAUUACAGAGAAUGUUAUGUAUUAUUUUUCUGGAACACCUGGCUUAUUUAAGGGACCUGUUUAUUGGUGGCAAUCAGGAGCAGCAUGGAACUCACUUCUUGAUUAUUCUCGUUAUACAGGCGAUAAAAAAUGGAAUAAGCUUAUUAUCGAAGCAAUUCUUUCGCAGGCAGGAGAAAAUAGAGACUUAUUACCUAUACAAUUUAGAUUAUCACAGGGUAACGAUGAUCAAACAUUUUGGGCUUUUACAGCUAUGACUGCUGCAGAAACAAACCUUGAGAACCCCCCGCCCGAUCAACCACAAUGGCUGGAGCUUGUUCAAGCAGUAUUCAAUGAACAGGUUGACCGUUGGGAUGAUCAGAAUUGUCGUGGUGGUUUGAGAUGGCAAAUUUUUCCAUAUAAUUUAGGAUAUACGUACAAAAAUACUGUUUCUAAUGGAGCAUUUUUUCAAUUAGCUGCGCGUCUUGCUCGCUAUACAAAUAACGAAACAUAUGCAAAAUGGGCGGAAAAAGCAUAUAUUUGGAUGGAAGAUAUAAAGUUUAUUAAUUUAACAACAUAUGCUGUUUAUGACGGUGCAGAGAUACCUAAUUGUUACCCAGUAACUCGUGUGCAAUGGAGCUAUAAUAAUGGUCUUCUUAUGGCUGGUUCAGCUUUUAUGUAUGAUUUUACAAAAGACCCUAAAUGGAAAGAUAGGGUUUAUCGUUAUAUUUUUAAAGCAAAAAAAUCAUUUUAUAGAAAUAAUGGGAUUUUAUGUGAACCUGCAUGUGAAUUUAUUAAGACGUGUAACCAGGAUCAAAUGUCAUUUAAAGCAUAUCUUUCAAGAUUUAUGGGAUAUACUAUGAAUUUAAUGCCCGAUACUAUCAGUCACAUUUUACCGCUUCUUAAAACAUCUUCUAUGGCAGCAGCAGGUGCAUGUAGUGGUCCACCAUCUGGCUAUCAUUGUGGAAUGAAUUGGCAAGCUUCUAAUUAUGAUGGAUGGGACUCCUUAGGCUCACAAAUGAGUGCUUUGGAAACUAUGCUAGCAAUUUUGGCGCCAAAUGCUAUGAAACCAUUAACAAGUGAUACAGGAGGUACUUCGAAGGCUGAUCCAAAUAAUGUAUAUAGAGAUAGGUCACUAUAUUUUCUGGGUGAUAUUAGACCACCUACUAUUGCAGAUAAGGUUUUUGCGGGACUUUUAACUGCAUUAGUUGUUAUAGGAGCUCUAGCAUUUUUUGCAUGGCUUGUUGUAUAAGAAUAUUUUGCAUUUGUUUUUGGAUUUUAUAUGAAAUAAUUACU